GCAUACUCACUAGUACUACAUCACUUCAUCUUGACCACGACCAACGCUGUACUUUGUAGCCAUAUUUCACUUUUCAUAUCGUCCGUACUAAGUCUCUAGUCUUUUCAUUCGUUAUGGCAGAACAUCCUACGGCAUCAUGGGAGGCCAUGCAGGAUGGCAAUGUAUUCUACAAGCGUCACCAGGUAUACUCAAUACCUGGAAAGCUGCCUAACUUGGGAGACUUUCUGAUUGCUGGCUGUCGAUAUGGAGGGCCCUUGGCUCUAAUGCGCGACAGCUCCAAGAUGAUUGCAUUGGGACGUGCUACAACAUUCUCUAAGGCACAAAUUCAAGUGUAUUCUCCGGCAGGGGAAGGUUUACUCUUGUUCAGUUGGGAUCAGGGCAAGAUUGUCAAAUUUGGCUGGACCUUCGAUGAACGUCUUGUCGUUCUAAACGAAGAAGGCGUGUAUAGGCUAUAUGAUCUCCAAGGCGACUACCAGCAAUAUUCUCUCGGCAAUGAGGCUUCAGAGAUGGGUAUAAUUGACGCACGAAUACACGAACAUGGACUCGUUGCUUUAACUAGUUCACUGACAUUACUGGAGGUCAAAGGAUGGGAUGGCGGCAAACCACUUACUUUGGCGAAUCCUGGCCUAACUCAGCCGCCUCAUUCUUGGGCUGUAAUUCCGCCUGAUUUAACCAUCUCUCGUCACGUCGAGGUACUGUUAUCAGCAGAUGCAACUGUCUACAGCGUAGACAAUCUGGAAACUACCGACCAGCGGUUAUCUCGAGGACCUUUCUCGCACUUAGUCCCUUCGCCGAAUGGCAAGUCAUUGGCUUUGCUCACUUAUACACACACAUUGUGGGUUGUAUCAGCCGAUUUUCAGCGCAGUCUAGCCGAAUUCGAUACUUCGCGCGUAAUUAGUGGAGAAGGGGAAGUUCGACAGGUAGAGUGGUGCGGUAACGACGCCGUUCUGGUUACUUGGGACACCACCGCUGUUCUGGUUGGCCCAUUUGGUGAUACACUUCAAUAUUUCUAUACCGGCCCAACAUUUGCUGUCACAGAGAUUGAUGGUGUUCGCGUAAUAGGACCAGAUACUUGCGACUUCAUACAGAAAGUGCCAGCUUCAUCCGUAUCAGUCUUCCGCCCCGGAUCUUCGUCGCCAUCCGCAAUUCUUUUUGACGCCUGGGAGAAUUUCUCCCGCAAGUCAUCAAAGGCGGAUGAAAGCAUUCGCAAUAUUCGACCAGAACUCGCAGCUGCGGUGGACGAAUGCAUCGACGCUGCAGGUCGGGAAUGGGAACCCCUUUGGCAACGGAGGCUCCUUAGUGCUGCGAAGUUUGGCAAGACCUUCCUUGAUCUCUAUGAUUCAACAGACUUUGUAAAUAUGGGACAGGCACUCAAGGUACUGAAUGCUGUAAGAUUUUACGAGAUUGGUAUUCCUAUAACAUAUGCACAAUACGUUCAAGUAUCCCCUGCACAUCUCAUUAACCGGUUAACUGCCCGAAAUCUGCACCUGCUCGCCCUUAAAAUGUCAUCAUGUCUAUCGCUCCCACCGUCCGCCGUGCUCAAACAUUGGGCAUGUGCUAAGAUCCUGCGAUCUCGACCUAGUGCAACAACCUCCGACUCGGGCGUUGACGAUGAGGCCGUUUGUGCCUCGAUUGUAGAGAAAUUUGAGAAAUUGGGCGGGGCAGAUGUCAGUUAUGCUGAAAUUGCCCGUAAAGCAUGGGAAGUUGGCAGGACAGAGUUGGCAACAAAGCUUCUGGAUCACGAGCCCCGGGCUUCUGAUCAAGUGCCCUUACUUCUCAGCAUGAAGGAGGAUCGUCUGGCGCUAGCGAAAGCUGUAGAGAGUGGCGACACCGAUCUUGUUUACCAUGUUCUGCUUCACUUGCAGAAGCGGUUGCCCCUUGGGUCCUUCUUCAGAUUAAUUGAAGAAGGCGGUGCCCGCCUAGCUCCAGCGAGCAAACUUCUCCAAGUAUAUGCGAGGCAACAGAACCGUGAGAUGCUCCGUGAUUUCUAUUACUCAGACGAUCGACGCGUGGACAGUGCCGUGCUCUGUUUGGAGGAGGCCGAAGGCAGCCUGGACCCUAGUGCCAAGAUAACAUCAGUUAAAGCGGCUCAGAAGUUCUUCUCAGAAGAUAAAGAACGCGCCUUUGAGGCAAAGAUGAUGGAUGAAAGCGCACGACUGCUCACUUACCAGCAACAACUUGAAAAGGAAGCUGAUGGAAAGAUAGCUUUCUUCGGGCUCAGUGUAAACGAAACUCUCAGAACUCUACUGAUCAACGGAAUGGCCAAGCGGGCCGACAAGGUAAGGUCGGAUUUCAAGGUCCCCGACAAACGCUUCUGGUAUGUGAAAUUGCAUGCAUUAACGGAAACUCGCGAUUUUGAGGCCCUGGAUGCCUUCGCUCGGUCAAGACGGAGUCCUAUUGGAUAUCAACCUUUUGUUCGCCAUCUUAUCCGCAAGGGUCAUGCAAAAGAGGCGGCCAACUACGUCCCGCGGUGUGAUGCUAAUACUCGUGCGGAUCUCUACGUUGAGUGUGGUGAAUGGAGGAUGGCUGGGAAGGAAUGUAAGGAACGUGGUGACAAAACAAAGAUGGAACAACUGCGAAGGUCAUGUCCGAACUCUUUGAUCGCCCGGGAGUUGGAACAGAUGGCCGCAUCGAUGAAGUGACGCAAUUCUCGCACAUAGCUCCUGUCCAUGGCUUCGGUUCAUCAAGGACUGAUUCUCAUUCUGAAUGUCUAUAUGGUGUACCAGAUAUACUGUAUAUGGUACUAGAAUGUCCACCAAUGGAAGCCCCGCAAGGGAAAUAACCGGAGU